GAACCAGCAGUUCCAGCGUCCAUCUCUGCAGAGGGGGUGGGGCCAGAGCAGUCUAGCCCCUCCCUGGACAAGGGCCUCAAAUACCCGCCUGGGCCCUGGCCUACAAUCCCUGCCCGACCAAACCCGAGGCGUCGGUCUCCUGCCACAGACACACCCCCAGCUUGGAUCUCCGACCUUGAUCCUGAGCCUCAAAUACCACCCCAUCCACAUCCCAGGUGAGUCCGGGGACUGGGCUGACCAGGAGCCUGGAUGGGGGUGGGAUCUCUCUAUUGGAGCCUCAGUUUCCCCAAGGAGUAGAAUGGCCGUGGUAAACCUAGCACACCACUGGGGAGAGGUGGAGAGGCAGGAGAAGGAUCCUCCUUGGACCUCUGAAUCACAGGUCCUUGCCGGUCCCCCAGGGCUGGGGCACAGAAGGGUAGUUCGGUGUGUCUGACUUCAGGUCCACGCUCAGGAGCGCAUCUGUCCCUCCCAGCCCACCUGCUCUCCGGGAUGGGUGGGCCCCAGGUCCUACUGGCCGCGCUCUGGGCCCUGGGGGCCGCAGCGGCCGCCGCGCUGCGCAUCGGAGCUUUCAACAUCCAGAGCUUUGGUGACAGCAAAGUGACGGACCCAGCCUGCGGCACAAUCAUUGCACAAAUCCUGGCUGGCUAUGACAUCACGCUGGUGCAGGAGGUGCGAGACCCAGACCUGAGCGCUGUGUCCGCUCUCAUGGAGCAGAUCAACAGCGUGUCCAAGCACAAGUACAGCUUUGUGAGCAGCGAGCCCCUGGGUCGGGACCAGUACAAGGAAAUGUACCUGUUUGUUUACAGGAAGGACGCGGUGUCGGUGGUGGACACGUACCAGUACCCGGACCCGGAGGACGCCUUCAGCCGUGAACCGUUCGUGGUCAAGUUCUCUGUCCCCGGCUGGGGUGAGGCCCCCUCCUCCCCGGGAAACCCCGCCCCCGCGGCGCCCCCGUCUCCCGCAGCUGCCGGGGAGUUGGUGCUCAUCCCGUUGCACGCGGCGCCGCAUCGGGCCGUGGCGGAGAUCGAUGCUCUCUACGACGUGUACCUGGACGUGAUUGACAAAUGGGGCACGGACGACUUACUGUUCCUGGGCGACUUCAACGCCGACUGCAACUACGUGCGGGAGCGCGACUGGCCGUCCGUCCGCCUGCGCAGCAGCGAGGUCUUCAAGUGGCUCAUCCCCGACAGCGCCGACACCACCGUGGGCAACUCGGACUGCGCCUACGACCGCAUCGUGGCGUGCGGCGCCCGCCUGCGCAGGAGCCUCAAGCCCCAGUCGGCCGCCGUGCACAACUUCCAGGAGGAGUUCGGCCUGGACCAGGCUCAGGCCCUCGCCAUCAGUGACCAUUUUCCUGUGGAGGUGACUCUGAAGUCGCACUGAAAACCCUCAAGGCCUGGUCCGGGAAGCGGCCUCCAGACUCAGGCCAGGAGAACAGCCCUGCAGGACUCCUUGUGGGGAGCUGGCCAGCCUCCAGCAAGGCUGAGGGCAGAGCUGGCGGGAUGAGCGGCUAGGAAACAUCAUAGGACCACGCAGUCUGUUUGUCCAUCUGUGAAAUGGGCUACUCCGUCUACCUCCCAGGCUUGUGAGGAGUGGCCUGCAGAGUGCUGGGCACAGGGCAGUGCUCAAUAAACUCGAGCCGGCGCUCAAACAGGACCACGUGCUGGUCGGCUUCAAGGCCUCCGUGUCCUUUCUUAGGACUCGAACCCUCUGAGGCCCAAACUUUGGUUCCACAGCCCAGUGGGCACUGGGGUCCCUGCCCCUAUGGGACAGGGCCGGCCUGGCCUGGCCAUUUCACUCCCUGCUGGGAACGGAUGACCCCCAGACCAGGCUGGCUCCGACACGCCCGUCGCUUCCUUUCAUCGCACAGACCGCAAACGCUUCCAAACAUCGGCUGAGGGCGCUUGGGGUAAACACACAGCCACAGUGUUGACGUGCAAGGCCAACCUCCCAGCCCCUGGUGUCCCUCCCGCCCCCCAAUCCCGGGGCCUGCAGACUUGCAGACACCUGCAUAUGAGGGGCCCUGUGCAGUGACGCAGGAACAGGCAGUCAGGAGCUCCUGGCGAGUAGGCAGCCCUGCGACGUGCAGGGAGCCCUUCAGUGGUGAGCAGGCUGGACUCCUCACGCAGCCCAGGCAGGGGCCACCCACACACCCCACGUGGAUGCAGAGCCCCUUCAUGGGGCCAGCCUGGGUAGGGUCCUUCUCAGGAGCCCUGGGCUGGGCAAGGGCUUGUCAGGGAGAACCGUGGCCAGUAUCCCGGGAAGCCCGUCGCCUGGGGACUGG